GUGCUUGUGUCUAUCAGGGUUCCUUGUUGGCGGACGCCACAAUUUGGAAGCCGGAUUCAUGCCAGAAUUGCCGUUGCCAUGGCGAUAUUGUUAUCUGCAAACCUGCUGUUUGCAGAAACCCUCAGUGUGCCUUUGAGAAGGGAGAAGUGCUUCAAAUAGCCGCCAACCAGUGCUGCCCUGAGUGUGUGUCCACGGCUCAUGGAUCUUGCCAUCAUGAAAAGAAAAUCUAUGCGAAUGGGACAGAGUGGGCCUCCUCCCUGUGUAGUGUGUGCUCCUGCACUAAUGGGGAAGUCCGAUGCAGCCCCCAACCAUGCCCACCGCUGCUGUGUGGACACCAGGAGCUGGAAUUCAUCCCUGAAGGAACCUGCUGCCCCAUCUGUGUGGGCCCUGGGAAACCCUGUUCCUACGAAGGCCGUGUGUUUCAGGAUGGGGAGGACUGGCCAUUGAGUCCUUGUGCCAAAUGUGCGUGUAGAAAUGGGGUCACCCAGUGCUUCACAGCUCAGUGCCAGCCUCUGUUUUGUGAUCAGGAUGAGACUGUAGUGCGAGUUCCUGGAAAAUGCUGCCCCCGGUGCUCUCCCCAGCCCUGCUCCGCUGCUGGCCGAGUAUACCAGCAUGGUGAACAGUGGAGUGAAAACGCCUGCACCACGUGUACAUGUGACCGGGGCGAGGUCCGGUGCCACACGCAAGCCUGCCCCCCUCUAAGAUGUGAAAAGGGUCAGAGAAGGGCCCAGCGCCCCGGGGAGUGCUGUGAGGAGUGCGUGUCUCCUGCUCGAAGCUGCUCACACGGCGGGAUUGUGCGGCACCAGGCCGAGGUGUGGAAGGGCGCGGCCUGUGAGUUCUGCCUGUGCGACCGCGGCCGAGUGACCUGCCACCCCGGAGAGUGUGCCAAGGUGGAGUGCGCCCAGGGUGAAGAAUUAAUUCACUUAGAUGGAAAAUGCUGUCCUGAAUGCGUUUCGAGGAGUGGCUAUUGUGUUUAUGAAGAAAAUGCAGAAUUUAUGUCCUCAAAUGUGAGUGAAGUUAAACGUAUUCCAGAGGGGGCCAGGUGGGAGGACGGCCCUUGCAAGGUGUGCGAGUGCCGCGCGGCUCAGGUAACUUGCUACGAGCCCUCGUGUCCACCGUGUCCAGUGGGCACGCUAGCCCAGGCGGUGAAGGGACGGUGCUGCCCGGAGUGCACGUCAGUUUAUUGCCACCAAGACUGCUUGACCUGCUCUCAAUCUCCAGACCACUGUGACCUCUGCCAGGACCCCACGAAGUUGCUGCGGAGUGGACGGUGUGUGCACAGCUGUGGCCCAGGAUUUUACCAAGCCGGUGCUCUCUGUUUAGCCUGCCAGCCUCAGUGCUCCACGUGUACCAGUGGGCUGGAGUGCGCCUCCUGCCAGCCUCCCCUGCUGAUGCGGCAUGGGCAGUGUGUGCCCACCUGUGGCGAUGGCUUCUACCAAGAUCGCCACUCCUGUGCAGCCUGCCACGAGUCCUGCGCGGCCUGCUGGGGUCCCAUGGAGAAGCACUGCCUGGCCUGCAGGGACCCCCUCCAAGUGCUGAGAGAGGGCGGCUGUGAGAGCAGCUGCGGCGACGGGUUUUACAACAAGCAGGGGACCUGCAGCGCUUGUGACCAAUCCUGUAAAAGUUGUGGCCCCAAUAGUCCCCGAUGUCUUACCUGUACUGAGAAGGCAGUGUUGCAUGAGGGCAGGUGCAUUUCUGAAUGCCCUGGUGGAUACUACGCUGAUGCCACAGGCAGAUGCAGAGUUUGCCACCACUCGUGUGCCAGCUGCUCUGGACCCGCGGCCUCUCACUGUGCAGCCUGCGCCCACCCCCAGGCUCUGCGCCAAGGCCACUGCCUGUCCAGCUGUGGAGAGGGCUUCUACCCUGACCUCGGCGUCUGCAAAGCCUGUCAUUCCUCUUGUCUGACUUGUGUGGGCCCUGAGCGCUCUCAGUGUACCCAGUGUAAGCAGCCAGUGGAAGGACUGCAAGCUGAGCAGCUGUCCGGUGCAAACGUCACCUCAGGCGAGUGUCUGCCCCAGUGCAGAGCCCAGUUUUACUUGGAGAACACGGGGCUGUGUGAAGCCUGCCACCACUCCUGUUUCGCGUGCGCAGGGAGGAGCCCGCACAACUGCACCGCCUGCUGGCCUCCGCAUGUGCUGGUGGAGGGGCAGUGCCUCUCCCAGUGCCCAGAUGGGCACUUUAACCAGGAAGGCAGUUGCACAGAAUGCCACCCCACCUGCAGGCAGUGUCACGGCCCGUCCGAAUCCAACUGCACGUCCUGUCACCCUCAUGUCACUAGUACCGGUGGAAACUGCAGGACCAGCUGCAAAGAAGAGCAGUUCCUCAACCUUGUGGGGUACUGUACUGACUGCCAUCCUCUGUGCCAGCAAUGUGCAGCUGAUCUCCACAACACCGGGAGCAUCUGCCUGAGGUGCCAGAACACCCGGUACCUGCUGCUGGGGGACCACUGUGUUCCUGAUUGCCCUUCUGGAUAUUAUGCAGAGAAAGGAGCUUGUAAAAAAUGUCACUCCUCCUGUAGAACCUGCCAGGGCAGAGGACCCUUCUCCUGCUCCUCAUGUGACACUAACCUCGUUCUGUCCCACCUUGGCACCUGCAGCACCACCUGCUUCCCAGGGCACUAUCUCGAUGAUAACCAUGCUUGUCAAUCGUGCAGCCCACACUGUAGAAGCUGUGACUCACAGGCCAGCUGUACCUCCUGCCAAGAUCCAAACAAGGUCCUGCUCUUUGGGGAGUGUCAGUAUGAGAGCUGUGCCCCACAGUACUAUCUCGACUUCUCCACCAAGACAUGCAGAGAGUGUGAUUGGAGCUGCAAUGCGUGCAGCGGGCCUCUGAGGACAGACUGCCUGCAGUGCAUGGAGGGCUACGUCCUCCAGGACGGUGCCUGCGUGGAGCAGUGCGCACUGUCAUCCUACCAGGACCGGGGACUCUGCAAGAGCUGUGACAGCCACUGUCUCCAGUGCCAAGGUCCCCGGGAGUGCACCCGCUGUGAGGAGCCAUUUCUCCUCUGGGAAGCCCAGUGUGUCCAGGAAUGUGGGAAGGGAUACUUUGCAGACCAUGCAAAUCGCAAAUGCACAGCCUGCCCUCGGGGGUGCUUGCAGUGCAGCCACAGGGACCGGUGUCACCGCUGUGACCAUGGGUUCUCUCUGAAGAGUGGCCUUUGUGUUUCCAACUGCAUUCCUGGCCUCUCUGCCCACUCUACUAAUGAAACAUGUGCUGGCAAAAUGCACACUCCUGGUCUUCAUGUGAAUGGUUCUCUCAUCCUUGCCAUUGGUUCGAUGAAGCCACUGGAUUUUUCCCUCCUGAAUGUCCAAGACCAGGACGGCAGGGUCGAAGACCUCCUGUUCCAUGUCGUGAGCACUCCCACCAACGGGCAGCUAGUGCUCUCAAGGAGCGGGAAGGAGGUUCCGCUCGACAAGGCUGGCCAUUUUAGCUGGAAAGACGUGAGCGAGAAAAAAGUGCGUUUUGUGCACAGCAAAGAAAAGCCCAGGAAAGGUUACUUUUCCCUGAAAAUUAGUGACCAGCAGUUCUUCUCUGAGCCACAGCUGAUCAACAUACAAGCAUUUUCAACACAGCCCCCCUACGUGCUGAGAAAUGAGGCCCUCCACAUUAGCAGAGGAGCGAGGGGAACCAUCACCACCCAGCUCCUUGACAUCCGAGAUGAUGACAAUCCGCAGGAUGUGGUAGUUGAAGUGCUGGCUCCUCCACUUCACGGCCAACUGCUGCAAACACUCCAGUCGCCUGCAACCCCUGUCUAUCAAUUCCGGCUGGACGAACUCUCCAGGGGCCUUCUCCACUAUGCUCACGACGGCCGGGACAGCACAUCCGAUGUUGCAGUCUUGCAGGCCAAUGAUGGAUACUCCUUCCGAAACAUACUGUUCCACGUGAAGACUGUGCCCAAGAACGACGGAGGUCUUCGGCUUGUGGCCAAUUCAGUGGUGUGGGUUCCAGAAGGGGGAAUGCUGCAGAUUACCAACAGGAUCUUACAGGCCGAAGCUCCAGGUGCCAGGGCCUCAGAAAUCAUCUACAAAAUUACGCAGAACCACCCUCAGUUUGGGGAGGUGGUCCUUCUGCUUAAUAUGCCUGCAGACAGCCCCACAGAAGGACAGCACCUGCCUGAUGGGAGGACAGCAACCCCCACCAGCACCUUCACCCAGCAAGACGUGGACGAAGGCCUCGUGUGGUACAGGCACUCGGGGGCCCCGGCCCAGAGCGACUCCUUCCGCUUCCAGGUGUCCAGCGCCGCAGACGCCCACGGCCACCUGGAGAGCCGCACGUUCAAUGUCGCGAUCCUGCCGCAGCCGCCCGCAGCGCCGCAGCUGUCCCCGGGAGCGUCUCUCCACAUGACUGCUCGGGAAGACGACCUGACUGUGAUUCAGCCUCAUUCUCUCUCCUUCGCAAACUCCGAGAGGCCGAGUGGAGAGAUUAUGUACAAUGUGACUUUACCUCUGCAUCCCAAUCAAGGCAUCAUCGAACACCGGGACCAGCCUCACUCUCCCGUCCGGUACUUCACACAGGCAGAUGUUAACCAGGGAAAAAUAAUGUAUCGCCCUCCCACGGCAGCCCCGCACCUCCAGGAGAUCAUGGCCUACUCCUUCUCCGGUCUCCCAGAAUCGGUGAAAUUCCACUUCACAGUUUCGGACGGAGAGCGCACGAGUCCCGAGAUGGCCCUCACCAUUCACCUCGUUCAGGCCGGCCGGCGCCCCCCGGAGGCCCAGGCCGCAGCGCCGCUGCUCCAGGUCCGCCCCGGCGGCAGGACGCCUGUGGGACUGCAGUGGGCAGGAGGAGGCGCCCGCACAGCGCCCGAAGAGCUCCUGUUUGAGCUGCGGAAGCCCCCGGAGCACGGGGUGCUCCUGAAGGACACAGCCGAGCUCCCAGGGCCCCUGGCCGCAGGUGACACUUUCACGUAUGAGGAUAUUGAGAAAAAUGUCCUGCAGUAUCUCCACGAUGGCUCCUCUGCACAGGAAGACAGCAUGGAGAUCUCGGUCACAGAUGGCCUCUCAGCGACCACCGUGAACCUGAGAGUGCAGGUGUCCGGGCCAGCGGCCCGAGCGCCUCGGCUGGCUGCCGGGGCCUCUCUGAGCAUGAGCGUCGCUAGCGAGAGCACAGCCGUAAUCACUAGAUCGCACCUCGCUUACGUCGACGAUUCUUCCCCCGACUCAGAGAUCUGGAUUCAUUUAAGUUCUCUGCCCAUGUAUGGGACUCUUUUAAGAACCUCAGGGCCUGAAGUGGAAGAAAUCUCAGAGGUUGCCAAUUUCACAAUGGAAGACAUCAACAACAAGAAAAUUAGGUACUCAGCUGUGUUUGAGACCUACGGUCAGCUGAUUACUGAUAGCUUCCAUUUCUCCGUGUCUGAUAUGGACCACAACCGCCUGGAAAAUCAGAUGUUCACCAUCAUGAUCACUCCUGUCAAGAAUCCACCUCCAGUCAUUGCUUUUGCUGACCUUAUCACGGUUGACGAGGGAGGGAGAACCCCACUCUCAUUUCACCAUUUCUUUGCUGCUGAUGACCAGGACAACCUCCAAGGCGAUGCCGUCAUUCGCCUGAGCGCUCUGCCCAAGUAUGGCUGCAUUGAGAACACGGGAACAGGUGACCGUUUUGGCCCUGGAACUACCAGUGACCCAGAGGCAUCGUUCCUGAUUCAAGAUGUACUGGAAAACUACAUUUACUACUUUCAGAGUGUUCAUGAAAGCAUUGAGCCAACCCAUGAUAUUUUUAGUUUUUAUGUAAGUGAUGGAAAUAGUCGCUCAGAAAUCCACAGCAUCAAUAUCACCAUCGAGAGGAAGAAUGACGAGCCUCCCAGGAUGACCUUGCGGCCCCUGCGCGUGCAGCUGAGCUCGGGAGUGGUGAUAAACAAUUUUUCUUUGAGCCUGCAAGACCUGGACACUCCAGAUAAUGAGCUGAUUUUUGUAUUGACAAAAAAGCCCGACCACGGCCAUCUCCGCCAGAGGCACACUGCUUCUGAGCUUCUGGAGAACGGGAGGAUUUUAGACCAGGGCUCCUCCUUCACCUACCGGGACGUCCUGGGCGGGCUGGUGGGCUACACCCCUGGUGGGCCUGGCGUGGCCGUGGAUGAGUUCCAGUUCUCUCUCACUGACGGGCUCCACGUGGACACAGGGAGGAUGGCCGUACACAUAGAGCUGCCGACGGGCAGCGCCCCCCACUUGGCUGUCAACCGAGGCCUGCAGCUCUCAGCAGGGUCUACAGCACGCAUCACAGAACAGCACCUGAGGGUGACAGACACUGACUCAGAUGAAAGCCGUGUGACGUUCAUCAUGAAGGAGGAUCCCGGUGCCGGGCGCCUGCAGAUGGUGGAGCACGGCAACCUGGAGCAAAUCUCCGUGAAAGGCCCUCUCCGGAGCUUCACCCAGGGGGACAUUAGCCAAGGCCGAGUAGAAUACAGUCACCGAAAAGGAGAAUCUGGUGGGAGCUUUCAUUUUAAAUUUGAUGCGGUCGAUGGAAAAGGCAACAAACUGAUCGACCAGUCAUUUUCCAUCAGUGUUUUGGAAGACAAAUCCCCACCAGUCAUCACCACCAAUAAAGGGCUAGUGUUGGAUAAAAACUCGGUAAAGAAGAUCACCACUCUGCAGCUGUCUGCCGCUGACCAGGAGAGUGGGCCUGCAGAACUAACCUUCAGAAUCACCAAGCAGCCCCAGCUAGGCCACCUGGAGCAUGCGGCCUCACCAGGUCUCCAGGUGGCCUCCUUCACGCAGGCCGACCUGGCCUCCGGGAGCAUCCAGUACGUGCACUCCAGCGCGUCCCGCCGGCGCUCGGAUGCCUUCAGCUUCGCGCUGUCCGACGGAGCCAAUGAGGCGACUGAGACUUUCCACAUCACCAUCCGGCCUGCGGCUGACGCGCUGCCCGUGGUGCAGAGCCUGGGGAUGCGGGUGCAGGAGGGCGUGAGGAAGACCAUCACGGAAUCCGAGCUCAAGGCAGUGGCUGCGGGCACCGAGGCCGAGUCGAUCACGUUCACCAUCGUGCAGCCCCCGCGCCAUGGCAGCAUCGAGCGGACCACCGACGGGCGGCAUUUCCAGCACACCUCCACCUUCACCAUGGAGGACAUCUCCCAGAGCCGGCUCAGCUACAGCCACGAUGGCAGCGACUCCCUCUGGGACCGGUUCACCUUCACUGUUGCUGAUGGGACCAACCCCUUCUUUAUUAUUGAGGAAGGAGGGGAAGAGAUUGUGACAGCAGCACCUCAGCAGUUCCGAGUGGACAUCCUCCCGGUAGAUGACAGCACCCCUAGAAUUGUUACCAACCUGGGGCUGCAGUGGCUGGAGCGUGUGGAUGGCAAGGCAACCAACUUGAUCACCAAGAAGGAACUGCUGACCAUGGACCCGGACACGGGGGACCCGCAGCUCGUCUACGAGAUCACCACGGGCCCCAGGCACGGCCGCGUGGAGAACAAGCUGCAGCCCGGCAGAGCUGCUGCGACUUUCACGCAGGAGGAUGUGAACUUGGGGUUGAUUUGUUAUGUGCUACAUGAGGAGAAGAUCCAUGAGAUGAUGGAUAGUUUUCAGUUUCUGGUGAAAGACGGCAAACCCAACGUGGUCAGAGACAAUGUCUUCCAUAUCCAGUGGUCCCUCAUCAGCUUUAAACAUACCAGCUACAAUGUCAAUGAGAAGGCGGGAUCUGUGAGCGUCACAGUGCAGAGGACUGGGAACCUGAACCAAUACGCCAUCGUCCUGUGUCACACGGAGCAAGGCACUGCCAGCUCCAGCUCCAGGGUCAGCUCCCAGCCUGGGCAGCAGGACUACGUGGAGUAUGCUGGCCAGGUACAGUUUGAUGAGCGUGAGGACACCAAAUCCUGCACCAUUGUCAUCAACGAUGAUGAUGUGUUCGAGAACGUGGAGAGUUUCUCCGUGGAGCUCAGCAUGCCAGCAUAUGCCCUCCUAGGGAACUUCACCCAGGCGAAGGUCAUUAUCAAUGACACUGAGGACGAACCCACAUUAGAGUUUGAUAAGAAGACCUACCGGGUCAACGAGAGUGCUGGUUUCCUAUUUGCACCCAUUGAAAGAAAAGGGGAUUCGAGCAGCGUUGUUUCUGUGAUUUGCUACACCAUCCCCAAGUCAGCUAUGGGAAGUAGCCUCUAUGCUCUAGAAUCAGGCUCCGAUUUUAAAUCUAGAGGGAUGUCUGCUGACAGCCGUGUGAUAUUCGGGCCUGGUGUCACCAUGUCAACCUGUGACAUCAUGCUCAUCGAUGACAGUGAGUAUGAAGAGGAAGAAGAGUUUGAGAUUGCCCUGGUGGAUGCUUCUGCCAACGCCUGCAUCGGAAGGGUGUCAUUGGCCAAGGUGCUCAUCAGUGGUCCCAAUGAUGCCUCCACUGUGUCCCUAGGCAACACGGCUUUCACCGUCAGCGAGGACGCAGGCACAGUGAAGAUCCCAGUCAUCCGCCAUGGCACCGACCUUUCAACCUUCACAUCAGUCUGGUGUGCUACCCGCCCCUCAGACCCAGCUUCCGCCACUCCUGGAGUUGACUACGUUCCCAGCUCUAGGAAGGUGGAAUUCGGGCCGGGUGUCACUGAGCAGUAUUGCACCUUGACGAUCUUGGAUGACACUCAGUAUCCAGCAAUUGAAGGGCUGGAGACAUUUGUGGUUUUCCUCAGCUCAGCACAAGGGGCCGAACUAACCAAGCCCUUCCAGGCUGUUAUUGCAAUUAAUGACACAUUCCAGGACGUGCCCAGCAUGCAGUUUGCCAAGGAUUUGCUCCUCGUGAAGGAGAAGGAGGGUGUCCUGCACGUGCCUAUCGUUCGGAGUGGGGACCUGAGCUAUGAGUCGUCGGUGAGGUGCUACACUGAGAGCUACACAGCUCAGGUCGCGGAGGACUUUGCGGAGAGAAGAAACUCAGACUCUUCGCGGAUUACGUUCCUGAAAGGGGAGAAGGUGAAGAACUGUACUGUCUCUAUCCAUGAUGACUCCAAGUUUGAGCCCGACGAACAGUUCAGGGUCUUCCUCGGCCAUCCUCUCGGAAACCACUGGAGCGGAGCCAGGGUUGGGAAGAAUAAGAUGGCCUCCAUCACCAUAUCCAACGACGAAGACGCCCCCACCAUUGAGUUUGAAGAAGCUGCGUACCAGGUCCGGGAACCCUCGGGGCCAGAUGCCACCGCCGUUCUGAACAUCAAGGUGAUCCGCAAAGGGGAUCAGAACAGGACGUCCAGGGUCCGCUGCAGCACCCGGGACGGGUCGGCCCAGUCGGGUGUGGACUAUUACCCGAAGAGCCGCGUCCUGAAGUUCAGUCCCGGUGUGGAUCAUAUCUUCUUUAAAGUCGAGAUCCUGUCCAAUGAAGACCGGGAAUGGCAUGAAUCUUUCUCCCUGGUGCUUGGCCCAGACGACCCAGUGGAAGCCGUUCUCGGUGAAGUGACCACUGCCACAGUGACAAUCCUGGACCAGGAGGCGGCAGGGAGCCUCGUACUGCCAGCACCACCCAUUGUUGUCACACUUGCGGACUAUGACCAUGUGGAAGAAAUUACCAAGGAAGGAGUCAAGAAAUCUCCCUCUCCAGGCUACCCACUGAUCUGUGUCACCCCCUGCGACCCUCAUUUUCCCAAGUAUGUCAUCACAAGGGAGCGCUGCAGCGAGGCCGGCAUCAACCAGACAUCUGUGCAGUUCAGCUGGGAGGUGGCCACCCCCACCGAUGGCAACGGGGCCCGGUCUCCCUUUGAGACCAUCACCGACAACACACCGUUUACUAGUGUCAACCACAUGGUCCUGGAUAGCAUUUACUUCAGCCGGAGGUUCCAUGUGCGUUGUGUGGCAAAGGCUGUAGACAAAGUGGGUCACGUGGGGACCCCCUUAAGGAGCAACAUCGUCACUAUCGGAACAGACAGUGCUAUCUGCCACACCCCCGUGGUGGCUGGGACCGCGAGAGGCUUCCAGGCUCAGUCCUUCAUCGCAACCCUGAAAUACUUGGAUGUCAAACAGAAGGAGCAUCCGAACAGGAUCCACAUCUCGGUGCAGAUCCCGCACCAGGACGGGAUGCUGCCCCUCAUCUCCACCCUGCCCCUGCACAACCUGCACUUCCUGCUGUCCGAGUCCGUCUACAGGCGCCAGCACGUCUGCUCCAACCUCGCCACCGCCCGCGACCUGAGAAGCGUCUCAGAUGCAGGGUUCCUGGAUGACAAGGUCUAUGACAGCACAGCCAUGGGGCCUGGCUACGACCGCCCCUUCCAGUUUGACGCCAGUGUCAGGGAGCCCAAGACCAUCCAGCUCUACAAACACCUCAACCUGAAGAGCUGCGUCUGGACCUUUGAUGCCUAUUACGACAUGACCGAGUUAAUCGACGUCUGCGGGGGGUCUGUAACCGCCGACUUCCAGGUGAGAGACUCUGCCCAGUCGUUCCUGACAGUGCACGUGCCUCUCUACGUGUCCUACAUCUACGUGACAGCCCCCAGGGGCUGGGCCUCCUUGGAGCACCACACAGAGAUGGAGUUUUCCUUCUUCUAUGACACUGUUCUCUGGAGAACAGGAAUCCAGACAGACAGUGUGCUCUCCGCGAGGCUUCAAAUAUUAAGAAUCUAUAUUCGAGAGGAUGGCCGCCUCGUCAUUGAAUUCAAGACCCAUGCCAAGUUCAGAGGGCAGUUUGUGAUGGAGCACCACACCCUGCCGGAGGUGAAGUCUUUCAUCAUGACCCCCGACCACCUGGGCGGCAUGGAGUUCAGCCUGCAGCUGCUGUGGAGCGCCCAGACCUUCGAUUCCCCGCACCAGCUCUGGAGAGCCACGAGCUCUUACAACAGGAAGGACUACUCGGGGGAGUACUCCAUCUACCUGAUCCCGUGCACCGUGCAGCCCACGCAGCCGUGGGUUGACCCAGGAGAGAAGCCUUUGGCCUGCACUGCGCAUGCCCCGGAAAGGUUCCUGAUACCCAUUGCAUUCCAGCAGACCAACCGCCCUGUGCCCGUUGUGUAUUCUCUCAAUACUGAGUUUCAGCUCUGCAACAAUGAGAAAGUGUUCCUAAUGGAUCCUAACACGUCUGAUAUGUCACUGGCAGAAAUGGAUUACAAGGGAGCCUUCUCAAAAGGUCAAAUCCUUUAUGGCCGAGUACUCUGGAAUCCAGAACAAAACCUUAAUUCUGCUUACAAACUCCAGCUGGAGAAAGUCUACCUUUGUACUGGCAAGGAUGGCUAUGUGCCCUUCUUCGAUCCCACUGGGACAAUCUACAAUGAAGGGCCACAGUAUGGAUGCAUUCAGCCAAACAGACACCUAAAACACAGAUUCUUGCUGCUGGACCGCAGUCAGCCAGAGGUAACUGAUAAGUACUUCCAUGACGUGCCCUUUGAGGCCCACUUUGCUUCCGAGCUGCCUGAUUUCCACGUGGUCAGUAGCAUGCCCGGCGUGGACGGAUUUACUCUGAAAGUGGACGCACUCUAUAAGGUGGAAGCAGGACACCAGUGGUACCUGCAGGUCAUCUACAUCAUUGGCCCUGACACCCUCUCGGGGCCCCGGGUCCAGCGCUCGGUCACAGCCCCUCUGAGGCGCAGCCGGAGGGACCUGGUGGACCCCAGGGGCCUGCUGAGCCUGGCCGAUUCCCUCGUCUAUGACAACGAAGGGGACCAAGUCAAGAACGGCACCAAUAUGAAGUCCCUGAAUCUGGACGUGCAGGAGCCGGUGGUCGCCGCUUCCCUGUCCCAGGCCGGGGCGUCCGUUGGCAGCGCUCUCGCUGCCAUCAUGCUUCUGCUUCUCGUGCUCCUGGUGGCUUGUUUCAUCACCAGGAGGUGCCGGACGCAGCGGAAGAAGGCGCCCCCGGAGGCCGUUCUGGAGGAGUACCCCCUGAACAGCAAGGUGGACGUGCCCGGGCGCGGCCUGGGCCGGGUGGAGAAGAACCUGAGCCGCCAGCGCCGCGCCCAGCGCGACGCCCACCUGCUGGGCGAGGGCCCGGGCACCAGGGUGAAAACGCUGAACCUGGAGGUCCGGGUGCACAACAACUUACAGGAUGGCACGGAAGUUUAAGGGAGGAGACCCAUGUGCAUUUUUUUUUCUAAAAUCAUUUUUAUAAAACGGGGAAAAUACUGGUAUUUUUAUAACCUUGCAGAGUAAAAAGGGAAAACUAGAGCUUUGAGCAGCGGAAGGCACACAUCACUUGCAUCAACUCACAACUGAGCUACCUCAUUCAGCACAACCACUGAGCCCCCGGGGACUGGCGGCGUUCUUUCUGGGGAUCCCUUUAGUAGGCUCGGUAGCUGCAGUUGCUCCUUCUGGACGGCGGGUCUUAGAAAGCAAGUGUGUUAGCAUCAGGACGGGAGGGAGACGAUUAGAUUAGCUGACACAGUUCAGGGGGCUGGGGAGUGAACGGGGGCAGAUCUCAGAAAGUGGGGUUCAGGACCUUUGGUUUCCUCCCCCACCUCCAGCUUUCUUCUGCUAGGGCUUUUCCUGGCCUCUGGACAACAGAGUUCAAAUUGCUGACACCCAGAUUCCAUUCAAAAUUCUGCCAAUCAGCACAGCGAUGUAUUUCUCAUUGUAUCCACUUGACAGCCUGCACUCGCUCCGUGGCCUCUAAUUGCACUUUGCAUUUCCAGAGGCAUUUUCACCUGGGGGUUCAAAGUGCUCUAGAGGAGAGCACCUCUCUGUAGCCCUCAGGAGAAACCUGGGGCCCUCCUGUCAGUCAUCGGACAUCGGGCAUGGCAGAACCCCCCUUACAGCGGGGACACUGAAACCUGGGGAAAGGAGGGGCCUGGCAAGCACCUCAGAGCACAUUAGUGAUGCAGUGCACCCUAGGCCGGGGAGAUGUCCUUGUUCCCAGCUAGCUGAUGCUGCACCAAGGACGUGUCAGGACGUCCUCCCUGUAGAAGGAUGCUGCGAAACAAGCUCAGUGCACCCUGGCCUUUUUCUAUAUCACCGCUUCCUGCCACCCCAGGCUUUGCCCAGUCCGAUAACAGACAAGCCUGUGUGCUUUGCUAGCUGUGGGGUUUUUAUUGUGCUAGGGUUUCAGGAAAGUAAGUGAUUUAUUUGCAUAAAGCAAAUUAGGAGAAAGCCCAGGCCAGAGUGAAAUCAGUUAAUAGAUGCCUACUAAUACAGCAGGUAGAGUACUGCUACUCACAGCAGAUAAAGGCACCACUCCUGGUACCAUAGUUCAGGGAUUUCUCUUUCGGGGGGUUCUUUUCUGGUAGCUCAGGCACUUAUUUUUACCAUAUCAGCACAUGACAAGGCCAUAAACCCAUGGCUUUAAAAUGAUUUAGUGUUCAGAUAGCAGCUUAACGAUUUUGCACAUUGUGUGCACACGGCCUGCUUUUGUGUUUCUUUUUGGUUCCUGCCUUGCUGGCAAAGCCAUAAGCAUGCGCGUCAUGUUGUUUUGAACUGGAGACUCCUUUUCAUUAUUCAGGAGUAAGACGCUGUCUCUUCCCGAUGCAUGGCCUACCAUAGUCGCCGAGCGGAUAACAGCAUGUUCACAUUGCAAUAUUUGUGUUAGAAUGACCCGAGCUUUCUGGAACAUUCCAAACGGGAAACAGUUUGGUUCUAAAAGCUAGAAAGAGUGAACUCUGAAAGGUUUUAGGCAUCUCUACCGGACUCCAAGCUCCUUGAGAGCAGGGCCCGUGUGAGUGUGCCUUUCAUUACCCGGCAGUGCCUUGCACAUAACAAGCACCCAGAAACAUGUGCUGAGUGAACAAAUGACUGGGGUCGUGGGUGAGUUACAGGGGAAUAAAUUUAGGAAGAGGAGAUGAGAGGGGAUGAUGGCAAUAUCACAAGGGCAAGUAGAAAAAAACCCCAAAACUUGCCUCUACUUGGGUUAUGAAAUAAUCUCUUUGGAACAAAGAAGCACCGAUUUACAUUGACAUGAAUCUGGCCAUGGCCCUAAGGAGCACUAAACAGACAAGUCGUAAUAGCAUAUGAGCAGGCGGUGAGACUGUGACUCGGUCUCCAGAGCAGGACAUUUAGAGGAAUGUCUGACUUAGCAUGCUGAGGUGAGUGUAAAAUUUUCAGGACAGGAUGGAUUGAGGGAGCCCAGACCUGGAAACACCUGACUGGUCAGGUGCUACCUGAGGCCAGCUCGGGCAGUCCAAGGCAGAACUAUGUCCCUGCCUCGCGAACAUCUGGAAUUGGUGUCUCGUGGCUGGAAGCUCACCAGAUGCACGCAGAAUCUUCUAACAACCUAGGGGGUUCGCGCUAAUUCUACAAGGACAGGAAGCCAGUCAUUUGAGGAGCAACUUUGAUUUGGCCCAUUGUUUAUAGUUCCUCGUGCCAGAUGCUUACACAUUAAAGCAGCAUCUUUCCAUUUGCUCAGAUAUUCUUCUUGCACAUCCCUUCCGUUACUACAAAAUGGGACACCUGCAUGGGAAGAGUGCAGGCAGGUGGCAGAAUGAAGCUAGUUGGGAAGCGGUGGAGACCAGGAUCUCCCUGUGCCCCCGGCAGCCUCCACGGGGAGGGCUUGCGUGACCAGAGCAGCUUCCUGCGAGGACCUUGAGAUCGUGACCUACCUGUGCCAAAGGAAAGCACUCGGAGUAGUCCUGCCUCCCUUCCUGCCUGCCCUUCCCCCGCUACAUGCAGGUGACUGAAUGUGGUGCUUCUCUAGUGGAUGACACAUUACAUAGAACAUGUUAAGAGAUGAGAACUUGAAGUUGACUCCUUUGAUACAGAAUUUUUCAUUUCAUUUAUGUUUUAUACUUCAUUUAGGGAUCAGAUCAUUUGGUGAUUGAUGUGGGAUUAUAAUUCAGUCAAAUCUCUGCUUUCAGUUUCUCUGACAUGCUCACUAAAGCCUGUGUGUGUUUUACUAACCUUUUAUACUAUGCCUUUGGGUGAGAGGGAACAAAGCCCCUCCAGGGUCGCUAUUUGCUAUCAGUCACUGGUGGGCUGUGAAGGUUAAAUGAAAGAAGAGUCUGCACCUUUUUCUGCCUUUCAUUGUCCCCAGGCCUCCUGGAGGACUCCUGCGGGUUUUUAUUGGUGGAUGGGAAAUGGAGUUGGAACACAUUUGCAGUCUUCUAACUUUCAGUCUCUGUGUCCUGUAGGAACUUUUGUGAUUCUUGGAUACUGCACACCAGCUCAGGCUGAGUAUGACAUUUGUGGUGCUGUCAACCUGAUUUCUUGACUCUCAAAUGAUUUUUGUAUUUCCAGUACCAAUUUGUGUGUUACGAAUUUCUGAUUUCUCCAAUAGCAUACGCCACUAUAUAAAUUUGUAUUAAUAAAUGACAGUCUGGUUGCA